GGCUGAAUGGAAGCAAGUCCCCGCAGCAAUGUUCCCACAUCUGACGGAAAGCAUUCCCAGAAGGGCGGAGGCUGUUAUAGCAACAAAGGGGGACCAACCUCAUAGUAAUCGCCGUGAUUUUGGAAUGAGAUGUUUGACGAGCAGGUGUCCACAUACUUUUGGCCAUGUAGUAUAUGACUUUGGUUUUACAAUCCUCUAUAGAAGCACAAUGUGCUUCACUUUUACACAAUACAAUUGUUUGUCUAAUCUAUACAGGCUAGGUUUAACAUUCUUACUGUUAAACACUGCCAUUAAAAAAAAAGAAAAAGACUGGGCUCUUUUCAAUAUGCAUUGCGGAAGUUCAGCUUUACAGCGUGAUUGAAAUUUGAAGGCAAUGUCAGCUUUAGUGGAGACUGCAUUUACCGUACCCACUGCAUAUCUAACACUUCAGCUUUCCAGAUUGAUUAGAACCCUUACUGGGAGGAAAGACUGCUUUCACUGCUGCAAAUCUGGGAACUGAAAGAUAAUACUCUUAAGUGAUGUAGCUAAAUUAGAGUUGUGCUCUUAACCGUUUAGUGUUGAGAGCUAAAUUGUGUUGUGGCUGAGUUCUAUUGGUGAUUAUUCGCUGUUUCUUGAACACAUCUGUUACUGAGUGCAGUGUUUAAUCGUGCUGGUUGUUGUUUUUAUGACGUGGUGAAAACACUUUGUUGUGAUGAUGAUGAUGAUAUAUUCUUUGGACGAGGUGUGAUUUUUAAAGAAGCACACCACAUUGUAGCAUUAUCAUUUUUCAAAGGUCUUGCUAUGUUUGUGCUGUUGACCACUGAAUAGGCUUGAAAAAUGAAGUACCAUCCAAUGGGAUAAUGGUUAAAGAAAAACAGUACCACUCAUGACUGUAGAUUUCUUUUAUCCAUUUUGUAUUUACCAAAUGGUGUUUAAAAAAAAGAAAAGAAAAACAGAAUCAAGUUAUCUGAAUAACUGCACAAUAUGAGUAACCUAAACCAGCUACCACCACUAUAAUAUACCACCACCUACUGCAUUUAGUGGUUGAUAACUUGAAAGGCAAUGAUGUGCUGUUGGGACUAAGUGUUACUGAAUAUUUAGGUGUUUUCAAAGCACGAUGUGGACUGUGGAACUCUACCUUUGAGUCACUGCAAUUCAGCGUUUUAGAUGAGACUGUUUUUCCUGUAUUAACGUACGUUUCAUGAGGAGUGUUUUCUUGGCCUCUUCUCGUAAAUGGGAAUGUACUAGGACUCUGGGUGUUAAGAGUGUUCUCUUGGCCUCUUCUCGUAAAUGGGAAUGUACUAGGACUCUGGGUGUUAAGAGUGUUCCCUUGGCCUCUUCUCGUAAAUGGGAAUGUACUAGGACUCUGGGUGUUAAGAGUGUUCUCUUGGCCUCUUCUCGUAAAUGGGAAUGUACUAGGACUCUGGGUGUUAAGAGUGUUUUCUUGGCCUCUUCUCGUAAAUGGGAAUGUACUAGGACUCUGGGUGUUAAGAGUGUUCUCUUGGCCUCUUCUCGUAAAUGGGAAUGUACUAGGACUCUGGGUGUUAAGAGUGUUCUCUUGGCCUCUUCUCAUAAAUGGGAAUGUACUAGGACUCUGGGUGUUAAGAGUGUUCUCUUGGCCUCUUCUCGUAAAUGGGAAUGUACUAGGACUCUGGGUGUUAAGAGUGUUCUCUUGGCCUCUUCUCGUAAAUGGGAAUGUACUAGGACUCUGGGUGUUAAGAGUGUUCUCUUGGCCUCUUCUCGUAAAUGGGAAUGUACUAGGACUCUGGGUGUUAAGAGUGUUCUCUUGGCCUCUUCUCGUAAAUGGGAAUGCACUAGGACUCUGGGUGUUAAGAGUGUUUUCUUGGCCUCUUCUCGUAAAUGGGAAUGUACUAGGACUCUGGGUGUUAAGAGUGUUUUCUUGGCCUCUUCUCGUAAAUGGGAAUGUACUAGGACUCUGGGUGUUAAGAGUGUUCUCUUGGCCUCUUCUCGUAAAUGGGAAUGUACUAGGACUCUGGGUGUUAAGAGUGUUCUCUUGGCCUCUUCUCGUAAAUGGGAAUGUACUAGGACUCUGGGUGUUAAGAGUGUUCUCUUGGCCUCUUCUCGUAAAUGGGAAUGUACUAGGACUCUGGGUGUUAAGAGUGUUCUCUUGGCCUCUUCUCGUAAAUGGGAAUGUACUAGGACUCUGGGUGUUAAGAGUGUUCUCUUGGCCUCUUCUCGUAAAUGGGAAUGUACUAGGACUCUGGGUGUUAAGAGUGUUCUCUUGGCCUCUUCUCGUAAAUGGGAAUGUACUAGGACUCUGGGUGUUAAGAGUGUUCCCUUGGCCUCUUCUCGUAAAUGGGAAUGUACUAGGACUCUGGGUGUUAAGAGUGUUCUCUUGGCCUCUUCUCGUAAAUGGGAAUGUACUAGGACUCUGGGUGUUAAGAGUGUUCUCUUGGCCUCUUCUCGUAAAUGGGAAUGUACUAGGACUCUGGGUGUUAAGAGUGUUUUCUUGGCCUCUUCUCGUAAAUGGGAAUGUACUAGGACUCUGGGUGUUAAGAGUGUUCUCUUGGCCUCUUCUCGUAAAUGGGAAUGUACUAGGACUCUGGGUGUUAAGAGUGUUUUCUUGGCCUCUUCUCGUAAAUGGGAAUGUACUAGGACUCUGGGUGUUAAGAGUGUUCUCUUGGCCUCUUCUCGUAAAUGGGAAUGUACUAGGACUCUGGGUGUUAAGAGUGUUCUCUUGGCCUCUUCUCAUAAAUGGGAAUGUACUAGGACUCUGGGUGUUAAGAGUGUUCUCUUGGCCUCUUCUCGUAAAUGGGAAUGUACUAGGACUCUGGGUGUUAAGAGUGUUCUCUUGGCCUCUUCUCGUAAAUGGGAAUGUACUAGGACUCUGGGUGUUAAGAGUGUUCUCUUGGCCUCUUCUCGUAAAUGGGAAUGUACUAGGACUCUGGGUGUUAAGAGUGUUCUCUUGGCCUCUUCUCGUAAAUGGGAAUGCACUAGGACUCUGGGUGUUAAGAGUGUUUUCUUGGCCUCUUCUCGUAAAUGGGAAUGUACUAGGACUCUGGGUGUUAAGAGUGUUUUCUUGGCCUCUUCUCGUAAAUGGGAAUGUACUAGGACUCUGGGUGUUAAGAGUGUUCUCUUGGCCUCUUCUCGUAAAUGGGAAUGUACUAGGACUCUGGGUGUUAAGAGUGUUCUCUUGGCCUCUUCUCGUAAAUGGGAAUGUACUAGGACUCUGGGUGUUAAGAGUGUUCUCUUGGCCUCUUCUCGUAAAUGGGAAUGUACUAGGACUCUGGGUGUUAAGAGUGUUCUCUUGGCCUCUUCUCGUAAAUGGGAAUGUACUAGGACUCUGGGUGUUAAGAGUGUUCUCUUGGCCUCUUCUCGUAAAUGGGAAUGUACUAGGACUCUGGGUGUUAAGAGUGUUCUCUUGGCCUCUUCUCGUAAAUGGGAAUGUACUAGGACUCUGGGUGUUAAGAGUGUUCCCUUGGCCUCUUCUCGUAAAUGGGAAUGUACUAGGACUCUGGGUGUUAAGAGUGUUCUCUUGGCCUCUUCUCGUAAAUGGGAAUGUACUAGGACUCUGGGUGUUAAGAGUGUUCUCUUGGCCUCUUCUCGUAAAUGGGAAUGUACUAGGACUCUGGGUGUUAAGAGUGUUCUCUUGGCCUCUUCUCGUAAAUGGGAAUGUACUAGGACUCUGGGUGUUAAGAGUGUUUUCUUGGCCUCUUCUCGUAAAUGGGAAUGUACUAGGACUCUGGGUGUUAAGAGUGUUCUUGUUUAUACUCAUGCCACUGGUGCUGCCAGUUGGCUGGUAUUAUUCUCAUAUAUUUCUGGAAAGGGCUGAUCUAUUUGUCCCAUUGGCUGAAAAGGAAAAGUAUUGAUGGUAGAUCAAUAGCAGAACAAAUGGUAGCAUUUCUUACAGCAACACUAUUCUAUUGAAAUGAGACUUUAGAAUCCGCCCCUGGUUGUCUCCAUGUAUGAUGAUGACAGGGUGAUUUUUGUAUUUUGACCGCUGGUGGAAGAUAAUGUCCUCCCAACUCCUACUGUUACACUGAUCAGUUGACAAUGGUUUUUUAUCAACUCUACCAUGUGUUGUAAUAAAAAAUGAUUUAUGUUUCUA